AUGGGAACAAGAGCAUUAAGGACUGGAUUGCAAAAUGCAGGUCCAGCAAUGCACCGAUCACAUCUCCGAAGAGUGGAUUUCUGCUGGUCGAUGGAAGCAUUGAACGAGAUCUUGAGUUCGAGGGCAAACUCAAAAUGUAUGCAGAUUCAGUUUCGACAUGAUAUCGUAGAUCUGCCUCAUGAGUCAAAGCGCCUGAACGCAAGCAUGCAGCAGCUAGAGGACUUGGUUGCCAUGCUCGAUAGUGUUCAGCCGAGGGUUGCACAAGUGAUAGACGGCUGGACGCCGCCACAUGUCGUUGUGCUGGGUUUGGAGAGCAGUGGCAAGUCCACACUGCUGGAACGUUUGUUGAAACUACCCGUCUUUCCCCGCGCCCCCAAUGUGUGCACUCGAAUGCCAAUUCGCGUGCAGGUGCGCCGGGGAGGUUCUCAAGUGGGGAUCGUGCUUUCGAUUGUUGAGCGUGAGACGAAGACCAAGAUCGAAGGCCCAAUUAUGUUAAGGCAAGACGACAGUGAAGAGAGGAUUCGAGAUACAAUGAACAAAAUGGUUUGUGGUACAGACAAUGGAUAUGUGACUGACAAGGAAUUGGAGAUUGUUGUAACUUCCCCUGUCUUACCGCCCAUCAAUAUGAUCGACUUGCCAGGCCUUGUUGCAGCACCUGCUGAUGCGGCUACGGCCACCAAUGCGCUCGCACGGGAGUACAUACGCCGCUACAAAGAGAAUUCUGUGUUCUUGCUAGUAGGGCAGGCUUCGCUGGAGCCGCAUCUGUCAGUUGCUUACGCGCUUGUCCACCCUCAGGGUAUCGAAGACCGUUGCAUUGGCGUCCUGACGAAAAUGGACGAGAUCCAUCAGAUGGAUCCACGUCUGAUCGAUAUUCUGAAAGGCAGUGCCGAACCUCCAAAAGCUCAACUGAAACCGCAUGGCUUCAUAGGUACUGCAAAUCCUUACACGGAGCUUCAAGCGAACGAGUCGCCAAUGGUUCGGUUGUACCAUGGGGAAAGGCGCGAGGUGGAACAGCUUGAAGCUAUGGGUCUAAGAGGUCAUGGUGUAGUCGAGAUAUUGUCCCGCGUCCGCGUGCUUUACAAGGAGAAGAUGUUGAACGACAUGGUCCCAAAUGUGGUCGCAUGCUUGCUGUCCAACCGAGCAGAUGUGAAGCGGAAGCAUGCAGAGCUAGGGCUACCCGUAGCAAAUGGCAUAUUGGAUACAGACCAGGUGUUGGAUGACGAUCAAUUGCAACGCUUGUCUGAAAAAAUUGGCGAGCGAUUGUUAACUUUGACGGGCGUUUAUGAAGAACAGGCGCAGGCGAUACAAACAAAGGAGAAAGAACGCCUCCAGCAGACAUUGUGGGAGCACAUGCUCAAGCAACACCAGGGCUUCAACACAGCAGGUUUCAGUCAGUGUCCUUGUCGUUCUAGCGUUUCGCGUCAGAAGUCUCAUUCAUUGUCCCAGUGUCGAGUCGAUUUGCUUAAGAUGUGCCAAAAGAGUGUGAAAAAUCUGUCAGCUGAUUUGCAAGCGAACUUGGACGAAGUCUUCUGUGACGAUGCAACACCUUUGAGGUUGCAGCGGUUUCCGUCCAUCGUGAGCGAGAUGAAAAGAGAGUUGAGCAUACAGCUCACGGUUUCAGAUAGCUUGUAUGACGUCGUCUUUUCCGUUUUCCGUCUCAGUCAAGAAUUGGGCGGCGAUGGCAGUGAGUUUCCUCUUUGCAUCCAGCUGCCUGCGGCCUUCAGAAAAUAG